CAUAGAAUCCCACUCUCACCAUAAAACCUUAUCCUCUCAACAAGACAAACUUCCAACCUCUCAACUCUCAAGUCUCAACUCAAAAAGGAUUCGAUAUUUGUCCUCCAAACCAAACAAUAAAAACCCAAGAAAAAGGAAAAUUCUCAGAACAAGAAUGGCAACUCCAUUCCUCUCAACUGCAAACGCCUUCCUCUCCCCAUCUCUCCCUUCCUCAACAUCACAAUCACCAUUACCUCAUUCCUCAUCUUCUUCACUAGAAGUUCUACAGCCCUCGAGGACAGCCAAGAAGCUCCCCAAUUUAUGCAGAGCUUCCAAUGAAUCCUCAUCAGCAGAAUCCCCUGAUGUAGUGACCAAAAGGAGAAGCUUAGCGAUUUUCCUAAUCACUGGCCUUGCUUUCUCAUCACUUCCCAAUGCAGCAGACAUGAAUACUUCUUCUGCUAAUGCUGCUAUACUGGAAGCUGAUGAAGAUGAUGAACUCAUGGAGAAAGUGAAGCUGGACAGGAAGAGGAGGAUUGAGAGGCAAGGAGUUCUCAACUCUGCCAAGAAAGAAACAGGGUAUUUGCAAGAUGUGGUUUACAAUCUGAGUAAAGUGGGGCAAGCUAUAGAGAACAGUGACCUACCUGCAGCUGGUUCAGUUCUUGGCAAAGGGACCAAUGCUGAUUGGGUUCAAAAGGCCAAUGUAGCCUUUGCCAAGUUGAGCUCGGGCCCUGAAGAGAAAACCGAAGUGGACACCUUCAACUCCUCCCUAGCUUCAUUGAUUUCUUCAGUUGUUGGCAACGACAUCGAAUCCUCGAAAGUCGCCUUCUAUGCAUCAGCCUCAGCUUUCGAGAAAUGGACCACCUUGACUGGCAUAAUUACACAGCUCAAAGGGCUCUGAAUAUGGCAAAACACACAAAUUGGCAUCUUCAUUUUCUAAUUGUCCAUCCAUUCAAAAGGGCAAUCCUUUCCAAUUGCGACUUGCGAGCAUUGACUGUAUGUGAAGAGCAACCGAGUCUUCCUGUAUCUGCAUUUUAUACUUCUCCGAUUUUGAGAAAGUUGUAACCUCCGGCUAGAACUUGUUUGAGUUUACAAAGUUCGGCUCUACUUCUUCAGUAGGUAGUAAUGUUAAGAGUUUCUCACCUGAAAUGGUGAAAAGUUAAAUUCCCACAGAACGCCUUGCGUAGAUUGUGAAGGUAAAUUACUCUGAAUCAAAUCACAAGCAAUGGAUGGAUGACCAGCAUUAAAUCUCUAGUACAGAGCUUAUUCCCACAACAGCAGUACAUAGCAGUAAACCGACAGCGUACAACUGUUACAAUUCUUACUUACUACAGGCUAACAAGUUGUGUGUCUUUCUUCCUACUUAAGUCUCUCCCUGAGGAGAUUGCUACAAUGCACACCUAAUCUGCAGUUAUAUCACACCACUGUCUGAAUGAACAAUCAGAGAGCUGAUGAUGCUAACUCCUUACAACAUUACGACUACUACAGUCAUCCAAAAUACUCACAAAUGCCUAAAAUGGUCAGGGGGGAAUAAAGGGGUGGUGUAAUACAUUAACAAAAGAACAACCACCAAAUGAAAGCCGUCAACAAGGAAUUUCAUCAUCAGGUAGCGGUAGCAGUAGCAGUAGCUGUAGCAGCAUGACUGCCGUUCUCAACUGAUGCUCCUUCGACUUUCUCAGUUGGCUGGCUGGUGGUUGUCUCAUCCAGUUUCUCAGCAGUCCCAUUUGCUGCCGUCGCCUCUUUGUCCUUGGUGGACUCUCCUUCAGGUGCCGGUUCCCCUUUGUUGGUUUCUUCUUGUUUCUCCACCCCUUCAACUUCAGUCUUCUUCUCCUCUGCAAUAGUUGCUGCUGCCUCAACCUGUGGUUGCUCUUCCUUUUCCUGAGUCGUCUCAGCCUCAGCAUCAGUCUUCUUUUCACUUUCAUUCUCAGCCACUGCAUCAGAGAUCCCCUUCUGCUGAUCUUCAGCUACAUCAGCUUCCUUCUGGGGUGGAGCUCCAUCAGCUGCAUCCAUUUUUGCAUCGGGAUCUUGUGCUUUUUCUUCACCCUCUUCCAGAUUUUCCUUAACAGCAUUUUCUUUGUUUUCUGCCUCGGUAUCGUCCUUCCCAGUUCCUUCGGCUUCCUCCAUAUUGGUGUCUUUGGCCUCCUCAGUUGCUUCAUUGCCAGUUCCUGCGUCUUUAGUUUCCUUUUUGGCACCUGAUGAUGACCUCUUGCCACGCUUCUUUGGGGGCUCCUUUUGAGGAGAUGGGGUUGCCUUUACCUUCUCACUGAUCCUUGCUGACCGCCUUGGGGUCUCACCAGUGCCCCAAUCAAAGUCAGAUGCAGCUGGCCCACCAGGAUGUGCCUUGAGAUACUGUUCCAACUGUCUUCUACCAGUGAUUUCCUCCCCAGUUGGGGCAAUGAAUGAGAUUUCACUCUUCUUCUUGGGGAAGAACUGAAAAGUCAAAAAAAAUUAAAAAAAAAAUAUAUACGUGGAAGUGUUAUGGGCAGCACAAACUCCAUUCAUGAUCAUGUAUUCAUGUUACUGCAUUAUAAAUCACAACCGUCAUAGAUGUGCCAGGAUGAGGUAACGAUUUAAACUGGUGAAUGAAAUUCAACUUUGAAUAAACUCAGAAAUUGAAUUUAUAUGACGGAAAACCAUAGAAAAAGGUAGAAUAGAGUCAAUAGUCUUUGCACAGCUACAAGUUAAACAUCCUUACAAUAAAGGUGCGAAAAGAAUGAUAUGAGGGUAGGCUACCAAAUUUAUAACAUAUAUGGAACUCCUAACAAAGAAAUAGAUGUGAAACAUGUUUAAAAAUCUGUAAAUGUAUGCAGAAGGUUUAUAAAGUUUUCUUGAUAUAAAAGUUCAGGUUAAUCAUUCAAGGUUAUACCAAGACAGACCCGUCAGCAAUCAAACAGUCAAAAAAAGAGAGAGAAGAAAUCCAGAUUGAAAUAUUGAAAAGAUCAAUGUUUACCCCAAGCAAAACCAAAACAAAUAUUAAUUUCUGUCAUUUGACAGAGAAAGUCCUGAACAACUAGCACUGUUGAUUUGAGUACCUCCAACCAUCAGACCAUCCCUAGAAUGAAGUCAUCUUUGUAUUCCAACCUUUUUCUUCCUCUUGUUCCUACUACUAUUUCAUAAGCUCUACGCAAACAAACAAUGAAGCUCUUAUCAUAUAUGUCACCCACAUCCCCAGUAUAAUUGCUAUAACGUACCCUAAGCAGCGAGUUCAGCCUCUUUUCUCCUUAGCUAAUUGUUCUGCAGAGCACUGGGCAGUUCAAACCUUAUUGAAGCUAAAACUUUUCGUCUUAAACCACCAAUUCACUCAAAGUGCCAAACCAUACCCUAAAGCCACAGCAGCCAACUAACUAACCCUAAAUUUUCAAGGCUUCUCCAAUUCUGUUUUUGUUGAUCCAUCCAAUUAUCCUGGUCAUCCCCUAGUGAGAUAGAAUAUUGAGCAUCUUCAACUAGUUAUGCAUUGGCAAAUUACUCUUGUGAAAGGAAGAGAGCAAAAAGAGAGAACUUUUACUAUAACUAGUACCCUGCAAAUAGCUAAAUGGAUACGGGAGUGUACCAGAACAAAUUCAGGCACAAAACGUCAAAAGCCAAAGGCUUCUCCUAGCCACUGAACUAAAAAGCACUAACAUGUAUAGUUCGUUUAACCUCCAAAGCUCUCACAUUGCCAUAACUAUCUCCCAGUUGCAACAAGCAUCCCUGUGGCAAAUAAACCCCUCAACGGAAACCAUCAAAUUUCAAGCCAAAAAAAGGGGUCUUUCAUUCAUGCCAAGACCUAGAACAAGUGAACAACCCUAAUUCGCCCCAAAAAAAAACCCUAAUUGUCAAAACAGGGGAGAAAGGGAGGAAACCAAGUACAGUAGGAAGAAGCGGCAUAGUUAUUCUCACAGAACCACUCCCAACAACCCCCCACAUCCAACCGAAUGAAACCCUAAUUUUCUAAUUGCCCACACAGUGAGCCAGCUGAAUUGAAAUUUAGAUACAAAACCCAGAGAAGCAAAUUCAUAGUAACAGAGAGGGAUAAUUGAAGAAGCAAAAAGAGGUUAAAGAGAGAGAACCAUCUUCUUCCAGCCGGACGGAGCAGGGAGCUCGACCGAGAAACCCUCGUCCUGGACAAGAGUAUUGGUCUCUUCCUUCUUCUCCGCCGAGUUCGCCAUGUCGGUUCUCUUGCAAAACCCUUUUUCACCUAACUUCCACCCACAAAGCACCAAAGCGAGAAAUUAAUAAGAACCCUUUCGAACCUGCACCAAGAGAGAAAGAAGAUAUAGAGAGAGAGAGAGUUCAAUUUUACCCACCAGAAAACUGCACGCAAAAGAAACCCACACAAACAGAGAGAGAGAGACCCUCAAAAGGAUAUUUCGAGAACAACACUAGCGCACAAGCAGAUGCCACACAAGCUCAGCUGAGUGAGCCAAACCCGGGAAAACAAUAACAAAUAAAGAUUUAAUCUUUUUGA